CUCCUUCCUGCAACAGAUUAAUUAGUGAAGAACAUAAGAGCUGCUCCAUCCAUCCGUUGACUCAAAAAUCAAGUACUACACAACCAUGUCAAAGGCCAAUCUCCAAGUGAUUUCAUGUAAAGCUGCUGUUUGUUGGGGAGAAGGGGAAGCUUUGGUGAUUGAAGAGAUCCAAGUGGAACCACCAGAGGCAUUAGAAGUUCGAGUUAAGAUGAUUUGUGCUAGUCUUUGUCACACAGACAUUCUAUGCUGGACUGGAUAUCCUCUUCCAUUGUUUCCUAGAGUUUUAGGUCAUGAAGGUGCUGGUAUCGUGGAAAGCGUAGGCGAAGGGGUCACAGAACUGAAAGAAGGUGACCUUGUUAUUCCAACCUGCAUAGGGGAAUGCAAGGAGUGUGAAAACUGUGUCUCUGGAAAGACAAAUCUAUGCCUAAAUUAUCCUACAUUGUAUCAUGGUCUAAUGCUUGAUAACUCCUCAAGAAUGUCUGUGAGAGGCCAAAGACUCUACCACUUGUUUACCUGCUCAACAUGGUCAGAAUAUACAGUCAUUAAUGUUAAUUAUCUAGUAAAGAUCGAUCCAAGGGUCCCUCCAUCUCAUGCCAGUUUGAUCUCUUGUGCUUUCUCAACUGGUUUUGGAGCAACUUGGAAGGAAGCAAAGGUUGAAAGAGGAUCAAGUGUUGCAGUUUUUGGUCUUGGAAGUGUUGGAUUAGGAGUUGUAGAGGGAGCAAGAAUUAGAGGAGCAAGUAAGAUCAUUGGUGUGGAUUUAAAUGAAAUGAAGAGGGAGAAAGGGAAAGUUUUUGGGAUGACAGAUUUCAUCAAUCCAACAGCAUCUGAUAAAUCUGUUGCUCAGGAAAUUAAAGAGAUUACAGGGGGAAUGGGUGUGGACUACAGUUUCGAGUGCACUGGAGUCGCGUCCUUGAUCAACGAAGGCCUUGAAUCCACAGCACUGGGGAGAGGGGUAGCAAUUGUGAUAGGAACCAGUAAAGAGGUUACUGCUUUGGUUAGUCUUACCUCACUGAUAUGUGGUAGAACAUUGAAGGGAUCAAUCUUUGGAGGGAUCAAACCACAAUCUGAUCUCCAAAGUAUUAUUGACAAAUGCAUCAAUGAGGAACUUCAUCUUGAUGCGCUUGUGACUCAUGAGAUUCAAUUAGAUGAGAUAAACAAAGCAUUUCAGUUGUUGAAGCAACCAGAUUGUGUUAAAGUCGUAAUCAUGAUUUAAUAGGAACCCUGAUGAUUGACUUGAGUACUUUAUCAAGUAAUGGUAAAUAAAUCACAACUUUAAACAUAUAUGUUUGCAUUCCAGUGUAAAAAUUCGAGUUGUCUAAGUAGAAGAUUUUCAAACAAGAUGGUUCACUUG